UCUGUUGAGGAUCCCACAGUGGUUCAAACUCCCACCUUUAUUUUUUCAGGCUCUCUCGCAAUCAGCUACGUGACCAUGUGCAGCAUCUCCUCCCUCCCUCCGCUCGAGCAUCACUCCCCUCGUACACGCUGUCCUCAAAACCUCCACAAGCUUCACCCACGUCGGUCUGUGCACGUCGAGCUCACUGGGAGGAGGUGGGAUCUGGCUACUGGUGGUAGUGGGCUAGCAGACAACCGAGUGCGACUGCUAUUAUCCCCUUUUUUUGGGUGGAAACCGCAAACUCCUGCCUCGGUUAGCUUCAUUCCUUAUCUCGUCGGAUCCAGCGAGAUUUCCUCCGGGCCGGACUCUGUGAUGUGGUCACCCUGCAGCGGGGCUAGAUAAAGUGGGGGGUUUGUUGCCACGACGGGCUUCCAUCAGUUUGGGUCGACUUUUUUUUUUCUUCUUCUUUCUUCGUUGGCACCUCAUUGGGUUUGUGUGAAGAAACACACCGCAGAAGAAGACAGCUACUGGCAGUGCUGGAGGAGUCGCUGAAUAUCCAUGAGCUCCGAUUUCCCACACUACAGUUUCAGGAUGCCAAAUAUAGGGUUCCAGAACCUUCCCCUUAACAUCUACAUUGUGGUGUUUGGGACAGCCAUCUUUGUCUUCAUCCUCAGCCUCCUCUUCUGCUGCUACUUAAUAAGGUUACGGCACCAGGCCCACAAAGAGCUAUAUGCAUACAAACAAGUCAUUCAGAAGGAAAAAGUCAAAGAGUUAAAUUUGCAUGAGAUAUGUGCAGUGUGCUUGGAGGAGUUCAAACAGAAAGAUGAGCUGGGGAUUUGUCCGUGCAAACAUGCCUUUCAUAGAAAGUGCCUCAUUAAAUGGUUGGAGGUGAGGAAAGUGUGCCCGCUGUGCAACAUGCCCGUCUUGCAGCUUGCCCAGCAGGCCGGCAGCACGGAUCCCCCUGUGCCGAUACAGCAGCCUUUGCCUGGCAUCGAGAACCUGGUGUAGCAGACUCAAACCCUCUCUCUCUCUCUCACACACACACACACACACACACACACACACACACACACACACACACACACACACACACACACACACACACACACACACGCUGACACUCUCACCUGUACAGGUACACUUUAUUAUGAGUCUGUGGACAGACUGGAGAAACUGGAGUUCCUGCGCAGAUAUUUACAAAAACUGUGCAUCUGCAGCCAUCGUCACCUCUCUUUAUCUUCGCAUUGGUUCUUGAGGAUUUCAUGAUUUCAGCUCUGACUGAUAAUCAGCCGUUUUCUUUUAUUUUUUUUCCUUUUCUUUUCACGGACAAUGAAGAAGAGCUGAUCUAGAAGAGGUUUUCUUCUUGACUUAGAAACGGUUGAUGACUUCUCACAACCAAAGCACUUUUCUGGGGACACCAGCAAAAGACCAGGAGGAAGAAAACACAAAAGCCAAGAACUACAAUACACAAACAUAUAAAAUGUUUUUUUGUUUUUUUAACAAGCACUUUACGAGAAGUCAAACCUUAAUUGCUUGUGGAUCUUAGUCCCAAGGUCAUGUUUUAUAUUUUAUCAUUAACUAUUAUUUUUGUGUACAGUACAAAUCAACAUGGAUUUUCAUUUUUAAUUGGUAAACUUUGAUUUUUGAACUAUAUAUAUAUAUAUAUAUAUAUAUAUAUAUAUAUAUAUAUAUAUAUAUAUAUAUUUAUCGCAAAGGGACAAGAAUACCUAUGACAGUAGAUGUCAGGACAUUUGGAAAAUGAUUUGUGUUCCGACUGCACACUUACACGCCAGAAAUUAAGUAACCUCAAGACUUGAUGUCUGAUUUAAUGUGAAGAGUUUGAAUGUGUCGAAACCCAGAAUUUCAUACACAGACAAAUAACGUACUUUAUAGGAAACUAUACAGUUUGUUCCUUUAUCACCUGUUUGUCAUUAGGUAUAAUGUGACUGUUGUUGUAAUCCAUUUUUAUAAUUUUGUUCAUGCAGAAAGGUGAUACAGUGAACAAAUUACAGCGUCACUACAGGAGUUUACUGGGGGACAUACUGUCAGACAAGACAUUACUCAAGAUUUUUCAUUUUGGAAAAAAAAACGUUCAGGAGCUCUCCAACAGAGAAUAAAAAAAUCUCCAAGUAACUAUUGCAGUAGUGUGUAUGCCCUGAUGCUUUAUCUAUGAACAGUUACAGAACAAACACCAGUAAUUAGGCAAUAUUAAACAGCCGUCUAUGAAGUGACACAAACGUUCCAGUUUUGCUUUUCUCUGCUGCUGCAUCCUUUCACAAACUGUUACAGUAGUUUGCUUCAGGUUAAACUGAGACAAAGCAACACAACUAUUAUGUUACUAUUAUCUGAAACUAGCAUUACAUGUCCUCUGAAAAAUAAAAUCUGCAAAUAACUAAAGAAAACAACCAACAAUUCAUGUUAGGAACAGAUCAAAAUCCGCUGCACUCUCUGCUGCAGUCAAUUUAACUUCAGUCCCAUUAAUUGUUUCUAUUUAUUACAUUUAUAAUUUAUUAUAAUUUCUUGGUACAGCUGCACAGACAGAAUGAGUUGGUGGACUGGCACCUGCAUCACAAGUACUGCCCUCAGCAUAUCAUCAGCAUAUCUUUCAGUCACGUACAUGCACAGUGGGAGCGGCUGGAGCUGCCCCGCCAGCACAGAGGCUGCCACAGAGUCAGCAGGUUGUAAUGAAACAGCAUUUUCAUUCAUGCACGCACACAUGCAGGGUAGUUCAGCUCUUUGGCUGCAGCGUUCUGGUGCUUUCGCCUCUCUCCGUCUUUCUGUAUGGUACAGGGUGCUUUUGUUUUGUGCCACACAUACAUUCACUCUGAGCCCUGCUUUUGUGGGCAUUUUUUUGUCCUCGUCUCUUGUUAGCUGCAUUUAGUGAACUCGUUGUGGGUAGACGGGCUAAAUCUGAAGGUGGAAAAGAUAAAAAAAAAUUGUGCUUUUAGCUGUGAUGUGUGUUGUCAGUUAAGAGCUCUAAAUAAUUCUUACAAGGCACAUUCUUUGUGGUUCAAACGGAAACAGAAAAGUAGGUCCACUACAAAAAAAAGUGAAACCUACUAAAGGGGGUUCUGUUCCUACGGCCCAACGCAAGUUGAUAAGUCGGAGUUCCAUCAGAAGAGCCUGACUUGUGCUUGGGAGCCAUAAUGAAGGACAAAAAGAUAGCGAAUGUAGCACAAUCAAAGGUGGCGUACAACCGGUGAAUGUACACAAAGCCAUCUUAUAGCGCCGUGUGAGGACAUAUUCCAGCUAGUUCCACAUAACCAUUUCCGACUUAAUGACAAAAUGCCGCAUGUCGUAAACCAAGGACCUGUCCGUAACCGGUUCCGACGUACCAACAAAGCGCCGUAGGUCGAGGACGUCAUAAACCAAGAACCCCCUCUAUCAGGAAAAACAGAAUGAAACACAUUAGACAACAUUUACAUCUAAAUUGAUCAUGAUUUCUAAUGCUGUGCCAGGCUUGCGUCAUUGUUGUAACAGUUCCAAACAUUACCAAUAUUAAAAAAAAAACAGUAAAUAAACUCAUACUGGAUUCUAAAUUGUUGGAAAGCCUACGAAAUUCGACUUUCCAUCUCACAUUUUCAAAUAGGUCAUUUACUAACUGCUGAUUGUGCCUUUAAUGCCACUCCGAUUUUUACUUUCAACGCUGUCAUUAGCAGAGCAGCACAGUUUUAAAAAGUCACAAUGCAUUUCACCUUCAGCGGCAGAAAAGCUUUGUCACUGUGACCUCUGUGCUUUGAAUGUUUCAUCUCUGUUGAAUGUCUGCCCGCACUGCAGCGACGACCUUUGUGGGCGAGGUCAGAGAAUAAUGCAGCAGGGUGAAAAUGUCAACCGUUAGAUGAGCGCAAAAGUGGGGUUUCUCUGUUCCCGUGUGCCCGUCGUCACCUGGCGGUUUGUCUGUAGUGAGGUCCGGUCCUUGAAUGCAGUACUGUACUUCCAUCGAUAAGAACACUCAGAUUUAAAGAAACGCAUUGGCCACUGUAGCCUUAUUUGAACAAACAUUUAAACUGCCACAACUACAUAAAAGACCAGGGGCUGUGUCAAACAAUCUUCACUGAUCAUGGACUUUGUGAUCAUAAACUUGUUAGCGAGGGGGUUUGGGGGUUUUAUGUUGAACAUAAUAAGCCUUCUUCAACAUGUCGUGUGAUGCACAGUGUUUUGGUUAUGAAGAGGCUGUGACUGUUUCAUUGAGCUGUUGUUACACUACGAGAACCUGCUUUCUCCUCUAGAACUUUACAAAACUAUACAUCCAAGAGUAGUUCUUCCACUUUGCCCAAAUGACAACACAGUUUGUAAGUCACUGCUAAUAAACACUCAUAAAUAAUAAAGUCUCAAAGCUUUGUUCCAGCUAACGGAUUUGUCUUCGAAUGUAUGGUUCACAAGAGAAGGAAAAGAUUCAAUGUGAAAGCAUGCGUUUUUGCAUCGUGACGUCGCCACUGAUAUCACCAUUGUUAAAUGUACGUAGACGGUUAGUAUCAUUAGCGGUGUAUUUAAAAAUGAGGUGCACAGGAAAUGCUCCGAAAUAUACACUAAAUGGCAGCUCACACUUUCUGCCAUUUGGCUAUCUUAAGUGUUGUGUUUGAUUGUAAACCCCAACCACCUGAACUUCCCCGUUUCCCUCCCAUGUGCCGUCCUAAUCCCACUGAAGAUGUAGAAGUGCCAACCUCAGAUGAAAUGAAAUCCCCGUUAGCAUGAAAGAAGGUUCUUCCUUUUUCAAAGAAAUAAGAUGAGACGAGGGAGCCUCUGUGUUGCUAAAAGAGAAUGGAAACUGAGCCAGUCGUGGAUACAAUAAUAAACGGCUUCCCACCACUGACGUCAGUGUUGCUUCUGAGUGAAUUCCACUAUAAAUAGAUGAGACACAGUGCAGUUGGAUGAAAUGUGACUGUCAGGAGAGCUGUUUAACAUCCAGAAUUUGAAGAGCGGAAAGAGUGGUGGCAUCAGAAAAAUCAUGUCUAUGAUUGUCCCUAUAGGGCACAGGUUCUGAAGACAACAAAGCAGGAAAUUAGCACACGUUCCCGUACGAUUUUUAACCUCUAUCACUGCCUCCCUGAAGUGAACUUUCUUCCAGUUUGUACGGUGCGUUAGUUAUCCCUCUCAGUUAACAAAUAACUCGCCCCUCUUUGGCCUAACAAACCCUCCCACCACCUUUAGCAGUGUUCCUGAACACACCCUCUUGCCCUCACACCCCUUUUUGUUAACACUGAUUAUGUUUGUGGACUCUCACAGACAUUGUUUGUAAAACUAAGAAUUCUGCAGCAGAAUAUUUUUGGAGACAAUUGCUGUACAGUAUUUGUAAGCUCUAUUUUUGUAUAUUGCUCUUUUGGAGAAAAUAAUAUGCAUUUUUUUCCUUUUCUUGUUUUUGCUAAUUUCAUGUUUAUUCAUUUUAAGAAAAUGUUGCAUGUGACUGACUUGAACUGUAAAUAAAGUUUCCAAGUUUUUGGAAA